AUGUUAUUAAUAUUUGGUAUAUUAUUACUUGGUGUGACAGCUCAAGGACAAACAACAGGGUAUGUUUCUCAAGGAAUACAACGAGUAGGAAAAGGGAUUAGUUUAUUAGAAGAAAAGAUGAAAGCAUUAGAAGAGACAGAAAGAAAUCUUAUGAUUGAACUUGAUAAUGACAACCAAGAUAUGAUUCAUAUUGGAUUAAGAAAAGAUAGACAGUUGGCUCGCCAAAAGAUUAGAGAAGAAAAAAGAGCAUUAAGAAAAAUUGCUAGAACUAAAAGAAUGGUAUUAGCUAAAAUGUAUAAAAUUUUAAGAGUUCUUGCACCUGUAGAACAAGGAAGAUUAGUAAGACAAUUAAAUUUGAUGAAUAGACUUCAUGUUAAUCACUUAAUGCUUUUAGGUGCUGAUGAAGCUCAAGCAGUGUUUAACUAUGGAUUUGUUGCACAACCACAAGUUGAUCAAUUUAGACAUGAAGGAAUGAUUAUGCAAGGAAACGACAUGGGGGAUUAUCUUAUGAAAGACAAAGAAACAGAUGAAGUUGAAAAACAAAAGAAAAAGAUGGAAGAAGUUGAACAACAAUUACGAGUUAUGGAACAAAAAUAUUCUACUAAUCCAUAUUUAAAGAAUUCAUUAAAACAAAGAAGUGCAGAAGUAUACAAUAAGUUAAUGGAUGAAAUGGUUGUUAAGAUUGAAAAAGCAAUUUCAAAGAGAGGAAAGGAAUCAUAUAUCUUAGCACGUAAGAUUGACGACCAAAUUGAACAAAUGGAAAUGAAGAUGGAAUUAAUGACACCAGAAAAAAGACUUGAAACAGUUAAAAAAAUUAAUAUUAUGAAAAAACAAAGAAAGAAUUUAGAUGGUAAUGUUGAAGAUUAUAGAAGUAGAUUAAUGAAAAUGAUGAAUAAAUUAAAACAAAGUUCAUUAGUAAUGAAAAAAGCAGCAAAGAAAGCUAAUAAAAUGAACAAUUAUAUUAAUAAAAAACAUUUAAGUAAAGAAACAGUUGUUAAACAUGGAACAGCUGCUGUGUUAGAUAUUUUAGAAAAGAAAGCAGGAAUUGUUAUUGAUACUAAUAAAAAACAAAAAGGGAAUACAAUGAAAUUAAUGAGUAUUAAUCGUACAGCUCCAAAGACUGUUAUUAAGAAAGAAGUAAAAAAAGGAUUAAAGAGUAAACAAGAAAGUGCAGAAGAAAUAAUUAAAAAAACAGCAAUAAAGGAAUUAAAAAAAAUUGAACAAGAAGAAAAAAAAAAUAAACAAAAAAAACAAACAACAACCAAAAAGAAUAUUCUUUUAAACAAAGAAAUAAAACCAUCUGUAAUUCAGUCUAAAAAGAGUCUUCAAAAACAAAAGAAAUUAAUAAAAAAGUUAAGUGCAAUGGAAGGGUUAUUAAAAGAAAUGGCAGCAAGUAAAGAAAUGGUAGAAGAAGAAAUUCAUUCUGCAUUAGAAAUUUAA